UUCAUAAAAACAUAAACCUCAAUUUCACUUUGAUGAAUUGCAUUUGCAAGGCAUUCUUUUAAGAUCAAUGCCAAAGAAACAAUUUCUCAAAAGAGAUCACCAUUAGAAUCAUAGCAUCAUGAGAGCUAUGCUGUAGAACUGUCAUUAUUUUUAUUUCAUAACAUUACUAUUACAAACGUUACGCACAGUGAAGAUGUGAUGAGUAUAUUGUCAAAUAUAUUGUCAAAUAUACUAUUGAGCAAAUAGUCCAUAUUAAAGCUAGUGUAUCUCAUAUAUUUGUGACUGUGCUGUUUAGUGAGUGGGCCAGUUAGAGUCAAAAGUCAAGGGAUGUUGUUGAGGAGAAACCUUAAUCCCAACACCACAAGUCUAUGAGGACAGAAAGUCCAAUAGAAUUCAAUGUGGAAAUCCAUUAUCUGUUAUUCUUCCUUUGCUAGCUAUAUCACCUGCCCUUCUGGAAACAAGCCAUAUGAGCAUAGGUAUAUGGAAGACAUAACAUACCUCAUUCUUAUAAAAUUAGAAGAUAUGUAGCAGUCUCCACAUUAAGUAUACUUGUUGAAUUUAAUUCAAGUAUGGAAGUAAUUGAUUUUCUAUCUUCAUUGUUAAUUUAUUAACAAACUCAUACUACAGAGAAGCCCUAUGAGUACUAGGACUGCUUAAAUAAAACAUGGGUGUAAAAACAAUGAUGAAAUCUUAAGAACUGUUUCCUCUUUAAAAUUAGACCAAAUUGUAAAUUUAAUUCAUACAGAAAUAAAGAGUCAACAGUAUAAUGAUUAUGGUAAAGAUUUUACAUGUGCUUGCAAGCAUGAAAGAAGUCAAACUGGAGAGAAGAAACCUUUCAUAUAUACUAAAUGUUGUAAAACCAUUGUAUAUGAGAGUCAACUUCAAAGGCAUGAAAGUGCACCUAUGGGACAGAAACGCUUUCAAUGUAAUCAGUGUGUUAAAGACUUUGCCAAACACAGUAAUCUUCAAAUACAUAAAAGAGCCCAUACUGGAGAGAAAACCUAUGAAUGUCAUCAAUGUGGUUAAGCCUUUGCAUAUCACCAAACUCAUCAAAUGCAUGAAAGAACACAUACUGGACAUAAACCCUAUGAAUGUAAUCAAUGUGGUAAAGCCUUUGUACAUCACAAACAUCGUCAAAUACAUAAAAGAAGUCAUACUGGAGAGAAACCCUAUGAAUGUAAUCAAUGUGGUAAAGCCUUUGCAUGAUUCAGUCAUCUUCAAAGGCAUAAAAGAACGCAUACUGGAGAGAAACCCUAUGAAUAUAAUCAGUGUGGUAAAGCCUUUGUACAACAUGGUUAUCUUCAAUGUCAUAAAAGAACACAUACUGGAGAGAAACCCUAUGAAGGUAACCAAUGUGGUAAAGCCUUUGCACAUCACCAAACUCUUCCAAUGCAUAAAAGAAUAUAUACUGGUGAUAAACUCUGUGAAUGUAGUCAAUGUGGUAAAUUAUAUGCUGUAG